UUCACUCACUCGCCUGUGAGCUGGGACGAUAAAGCCCUUUGCAUACUGCUGCAUCACCAGUAGUCACUCUUUGCAUAUCCUGUCUCACUCUCUGCCUGUCUCUCUCCCCCCCUCUCUCUCUCAUCUACUGCCUGUUGUCACUUAGGAGAGGAAAGAAGGUGAACUCAUUCUCGAGGCAGCAGAUCUAUAUCACAACAAGGUCUGACUAAGCGUCCUUGUGGAUUUCUGCCAGACGAGGAGAGAAACUUUGCCUUCGCGUCAGGCGUUUGUGGGCAGUUUUAAUCACAGCGAGCAGGGCGGAAUCGUUUCCUCUUUGAUAUUGUAAUUGCAAGUCGUGUACAGAGCUCGUUUGGUCCAUGGCGACUCCGCUCUGGUUUUGUUUUUAGUUUUGAGCGUGAGUCAACUUACUGCCAAUGUGCGCCAGUCGCAGCUUGCGCCGAGUUUAUCAUCAUCAGCAGCAGCAGCAGCAGAAGAAGAAGAAGGCAGAAGACCUUUUAAGGAACUUUCAAGAAGACAAAGUUAUUCUCGCGCGGAGGAGCGUUUGUUUCAUCUCUUUUCCUCCUCCUGUUUGUUGAGUUUUAUUUUAAGGGGAAGAAGUUAUGACUUCUGUAUGGAAAAGACUGCAGCGGGUUGGCAAAAAGGCUUCAAAGUUCCAGUUCGUUGCCUCUUACCAGGAACUGACUCUGGAGUGUACGAAGAAAUGGCAACCAGACAAGCUAAGAGUGGUGUGGACCAGGAGGAACAGACGCAUGUGCUCCAAGCUCCACAGUUGGCAGCCUGGAAUCAAGAACCCCUACAGGGGCAUGGUGGUGUGGCCUGUCCCAGAGAACAUCGACAUCUCUGUUACACUCUUCAAGGAGGUCAAUGCUGAUGAGUUUGAAGACAAAGAGUGGACUUUUGUCAUCGAGGGUGAGAACAAGGGGCAUCGUAAGGUGCUGGCAUCAGCCGACAUCAACCUGAAGCGGUUUGCCAGUCCGACGCCGACCCAGACCGACCUGACGCUGAAGCUGAAGCCGCUCUCUGUCAAAGUGGUAGAGGCCACGCUCAAGCUGUCGCUGUCCUGUGUCUUCGUUCGCGAGGGGAAAGCCACUGAUGAAGACAUGCAGAGUCUGGCCAGCCUGAUGAGCGUCAAACCCACGGAUAUCGGCAACCUGGACGACUUCAAUGAGAGCGAUGAAGAGGAGGACAAGAAGUCUGUCACUGCUACAGUCCCACACACUCUAACUCGCCCAAAUCGUCCUGCCCCUCCUCCACCUGACAAGCGAAACUCCACCGGACCAUCUUUUCCAGCCUCAGCCGGUGAACGGAAUUCCGGUCCUCCCAGUCCUGUCGUCCACUCCCGCCCCCCUCUACCCAUCGUCCCUCGCCCCUCUCCCCGGCGCUGCCGCCACCCCUUCACCACCGCUGCUGUCCAGUCGGAGAUUCAGCCUUCCCCUGGCCCGUCCCCUCAGCCCUCGCCCAGGUCCAAGCACAAAACAACAGCCAACCCUCCUCUACCUGAGGCUCUUUCCUCUUCUGACCCACUACCUAAUGCUGCAAGCUCCCAGGUCACAGCCCAGAGUCUCACCUCGGUCCUGCCUCCCUCUGAUGUAUCUCCUGCAAAUCCUCCAUCCCCUAAAUCCUCCAAGAUGCCAAUAAUCACACCUUCUUCUCAAAACACUUCCUCUUCCCUUCAUCCUCCCUCUGCCAAAUACUCUGAAUCUGUGUCUACUUUACCUGCUGCUUCAAUGGAGUCUUCUUUAGCAAUGAAUUCCUCAUUUAAUGCCCCCCAUAAAUUGACCUUUAAGCCCUCGACUGCCCCUGAAAUGACCUCAGCUCACAACCUUCCCUCCCCUGUACUGUCAUCACCCAAUAGUAUCAUAACAUCAUCCUCCACAGCUCCCCCAAAGUCCUCUCUCACCAUAUCCACCACACUGACCCAUAAAACCAACACCUCCACAGCACCCCAGCCUCUCCCACCUAUUUCCUCCUCUGACCCAAAGUCCACCUUGUCCUCUGAGUCUCCAUCUGUUCACCCUCCACUCGCCCAGACCCUCUCCCAGCCUCCAUCUCUGCCCAGAAUCUUCCAGUCAGGUUCAGGAAAAGUUCCUGUUUCACAUCAGCGGCGCCCCCCGGAGGUUCAAACUGUAGAUGAUCUUACAUCAGUCUCUGGCCGUCACAUUUUCAGACCUCAGAUUGUCAAAUCGAUCGACCGUCCUUCCUCUCCCUCCCCUUUUUCUGCUGAUGCCCCUCCUCUUGUGUCAACAGCUCCUCUUUCCAAAUCUCACUCCUCUAUCUCAGAGUCAGGUGCUCAGAGGGCCUGGCUGACAUCAGGUGCUGACAUCACCCCCAUCCCUCUGCUGAGUAGUCCUGACCUCGAUGCUCUCUGUGACCCCGCAAUGCCGGCCCUUACUGCCUCCCAUCCACGAUCCUCACCCCCUCGCUCCUCUUCGCUUUCCACCUCUGUUUUAUUCUCUUCUCCUCAUACUGUCUCUUCUAUCGCUCCUCCUGCUCAGAUCAGCUCCUGUCAGUCAGGCUCAGCAUUCCCCCUCACUCAAGGUCAGGGCAGGGAAGCAACUCCGAGCACCCUGAGCCGAGUUGAGCGAUCUCCUCAAAAUAACCAGACAGUGGGCAACAUCAGAAUAUCCAACCAGCCAACCAGACCAGCCCAGGAUUCAAAGGCUUCCAACUUAGAAAGCAAAUGUGAACCAGCAAGGAUCAGUCCUUCCCAGUCACGGUCAGAGCUGAUAAUAGCCCCGCCCCCUCCAUGGCCUUUCUCCUGCUGUGAGAGCUCCACCCCUCAGCAGCCCUCCACUUCAGUUGUGGCGGCAUUUAUCACUCCGAAACAGCCAAAUGUUCAGGAGGGUAGUGAUUCGAAAAAGCCAACCAAUGAGACGGGGAGUAUUCUUAGUGCAUUUGAGGCAGAAAAGCCACCACUGGCUCAGCCAGAGCCUGAGCCUGAUUUUGAUGACAUCAUCUUUGAGUCAUUUAACCAGAGAAAAGAAUCAGGGGGCUUGUUUCUGGAAGAGGAUGACUCUAAGAGGGACACUAUCAAAAGGUGUCCUCCACGUCUUGAACAGAAACCCAAUGAAAAGGUCUCUGGAGAAAAGCUGGCAGAGCAGUUAGAGGGAGCAGCGAAGCAGAAGGAGGUGAUGGUGAAGGCUGAGCAGGAGAGGCCGAGGGAGGAAGAAAUUCUCAAAACACAAGAGGAGGAAAGGAGGAGGAAGCAGGAGCAGGAAGAGAGGAGAAAACAUGAAGAAGAGAAGAAGAGAUUGUUAGAGGAGGAGAAGAAGAGAAUCUUAAAGGAGGAGGAGGAGAUCAAGAAGGAGAGGGAAAGGAGGAAAUACGAGGAGGAGAGGCUCCUGAAGGAGAGGAGAGAAAAACAGGAGAAGCUGAGGAAGGAGGAGGAGAAGAGGAAGGAGGAGGAGAGGAGACUGGAGAGAGAGAGAUUCUUAAGGAAACUGAAAGAGGAGGAGGAUAAAAAGAAGGAGGACAGGAGAGUGCUUGAGGAGCAAAGAAGGAGGAGGGAGGAAAAGAUUCUCCUGGAAGAGGAAGAGAGGAGAAAGAUGGAGGAGAAACAACUGAAGGAAGAAAAAGACAGGGAGCAACAGAAAAUGAAAGAGGAGGAAGAGAGAAGAAAGAGGGUAGAGGAGGAGAGAAAGAAAAACGAGGUGGAGAGGGAGAGGAAGAAGAGGGAGGAGGAGGAACGGAGGAAAGAGGAAGAGAGAAAGAAAAAGGAGGCAGAAGAGGAGAGGAAGAGGAGGGAGGAAGAGAAUAGAGUCAAAGAAGCAGAGGAGAGAAGAAAAGAAGAUGCCGCCAAAGUCAACACCCCUGUCAGACAUGAGAACCAGGCAAUCACAACAAAAGACAAAGAAACACGCCACAUAGUCCCGACUCCUGCCCAACCCGGCGCUCCACCCGUUAAAGAGGAGCCCGGAGAGCCAAACAGACCCAGAGUGGAACCAGCAACCUCAGUGGAGAUUUCCCCCAAGCCGACAAGUGAGAGCUCAGCUUUGGCGCUUGACCCGCUGCUGCCCUCAAAACCAGAACCAGCACUGCAGCUGGAACAAGUUCUCCAACCAUCGGGAAAACCACAACACGAGGGAGCACAUGAGGAUAAACCAACCAAGUUCGUGGCUGGUGGUCAGGAGGGUUUCAUCAAUAACACAAAGCCUGUGUGCGAGGCGGAAAAGCAGCUGUGGGCAACUGUAGAGGAGGCCACAGCAGAGACAGAAGCGGAAGGAGGGAUGGAAAGUAGUGAGAGCACUGAGGAGAAGGAUGAGAAGCAGGAGCAGGGUGGUGUAAUAGGGGGCUAUGAGACAGUGGCCUCCAUCCUGCAGACAACUGGAUCCACUGAUGCAGCUCAUCCAAGCCGCUCUGCAGACCAGCCAUGUCUCCUUAUGAGUAGUGAAGAUCAGCCAUGUUUGCAUGAUGUAGAUGCAGAGAUACUGUGUCCCUCUGAGACAGAUGUUGAUCAACAGAUUCCCAUUGGUGGGGACAUUUCGCCACCUGCUGCCUUCUGUGACACAAGAGGAAACCUGAAGAUUAGUGAACAAACGGAAUUAACUCAGAUGCCAAAGAGUUUGCACCCACAGGGGCUGAGUCUGGUGUUGGAAAAGGAGAGAGAGGAGAUGGACAGGAAGAGGAGGGAAGAGGAGGAGGAGAGAAGGAGGUUGGAAAAAGAGAGAGAGGAGAGAGAGAGGAAGAGGAGGGAAGAGGAGGAGGAGAGAAGGAGGUUGGAAAAAGAGAGAGAGGAGAGAGAGAGGAAGAGGAGGGAAGAGGAGGAGGAGAGAAGGAGGUUGGAAAAAGAGAGAGAGGAGAGAGAGAGGAAGAGGAGGGAAGAGGAGGAGGAGAGAAGGAGGUUGGAAAAAGAGAGAGAGGAGAGAGAGAGGAAGAGGAGGGAAGAAUUGGAGAGAAAGAGAGAGGAGAGAGAGAGGAAGAGGAGGGAAGAGGAGGAGGAGAGAAAGAGGUUGGAAAAAGAGAGAGAGGAGAGAGAGAGGAAGAGGAGGGAAGAAUUGGAGAGAAAGAGGUUGGAAAAGGAGAGAGAGGAGAUGGAGAGGAAGAGGAGGGAAGAGGAGGAGGAGAAAAAGAGGUUGGAAAAGGAGAGAGAGGAGAUGGAGAGGAAGAGGAGGGAAGAGGAGGAGGAGAGAAAGAAGUUGGAAAAAGAGAGAGAGGAGAUGGAGAGGAAAGAGAGAGAGAGGAAGAGGAGGGAAGAGGAGGAGAAGGAGAGAAAGAGGUUGGAAAGGGAGAGGGAGGAGAUGGAGAGGAAGAAGAAAGAGAGGAAGAGGAGGGAAGAGGAGGAAGAGAAGAGGAAGAGGUUGCUAAAAGAGAUGGAAGAGCUGGAGAAGAAGCAAAAGGAGGCGAGGGAAAAGGCAGAGAAAGAGAGGAAGCAGCACAAUGACACAGCAGAUGUGGAAGAAAACAAAGAAACAGAGGAAAGGGAGAGAAAGACUGAAAAGCAGAAGAAGGUGGAGGACAGGGUGAGACAAAGGGAAGAGGGCAGCAAAGGACAGAAACCACAAGAAAAAGGAGAGAUCAUUUCAUUAAUGUCAGUGCAAAACAAAGAGGAAGUAAUGAUUAACCAAUCAAAUGACUGGCCUCCUCUGAGGGAAGUAGAACUGGAUGAUAUUGCAAUAGAUGAGAGGCUACAGGGUGAUGAAGAGCAUACACAAAACAAGUCUGAUCCCAAGUUAUUGAAACAGACUGACCCUAAAACUGAGGCCAAACCUGCUGAGUCGCUUUCUGCCAUCAGACCAACAAACAAGCUCAACUCCGGAUCAGUCAAACCUGAGGACUAUGAAAUCUGUGUUAAGAAAGCCCCAGAUAAUUCCAGUCUGAGAUCAGUUAAAAAAGACAAAUCAAAUCUAAUAUCCGGUGCCAUCCCAGUGUGGUUGAGAGAGGAGGAGGAAGAGGAGGUGGAGUAUGAAAGAGGACAGGAGGAUCUUGGCUCCAUCUGGCUGGCUGAGCUGUACAUGGAAGGGGUAGCGGGCACAGGCCACCCGCCCCUUGCUGUUUCCCAGAAGCCUUCCUCACUUCCUUCUAGUGGACAAACCUUUUACCAGGGUUCUGCUGCUAGUCAGCCAAGUGAACUCAAAGGAAUCAUUCAGACUUCUAUGGCCAAAGAUCGUCCUCAAUGUAAUGAGGCACAAAAACCAUCAAUGAAAGAACUGGACACAGCAAAAAAUGAAGAGGGAGAACUUCCAAGCACAAACACUGUCAGAAUGCAAUCUGACACUGAACACACCAACGUGCUCACUGAGAAGAACAUCAGUGAGACAAGCAAUGACACAGAAAUAGCCAAAAUGCCUACAGAUUCACACAAGACUCAUGAAAUGAAGCCUGAUGGAAAUUCGAGUCACCACAGUUUAAACACGGACAUACUCACCACAAAGAGUGACAGUCCACAGAUUAACGACCUUCACGCACUGACACAAACCCCUGAUCUUUACCAGCUUACCAAAGACCAUCAGCUCCGAGAAGAGGAGAGGUUGUUAUUGGCAAGAAUUCAUGAGAUGACAGGUGAUACGUCCCCUGUGUCCAGCCCCCGCGGUAUGAAGCGCCUCAUCCCCGACCCGCGUGACAUUGACUGUGACACCACAGAGCUUGUUGAUCACAGUCAGCGCUUGAUUAUUCCCUGCUUUGAUACCCUGCAGGAAAUAUCUCUAACUGAGGCAAAAGAGCCGCUGGCCAUUGAGCUGGGGCAAAAUCAAGAAGGAAAAGAAAAUGUGCCAAAAGUCCAACCAGCUGACACCUCCAGCACACACGCCGAUGAUAAACACACUGACACACACUCCACUGCUCUCCAUCACUGUGAGAUGAAGACAUCUCGACUUCCUACAUUACUAGAAGAAGAAACCUCUGACCUCAGGUCCCCUGAUUCUGUUCCAGUGGUCAGAGAGGAGGCUGACGGGAAAGACGCCGCUGCUGAGGACCUUGUGAACUCUAGCCAGUCACUGCUCCAGUGGUGUCAGGACAUCACCAACAAGUACCCAGGAGUAAAGGUCACCAACUUCAGCACAUCCUGGAGGAACGGCCUGGCCUUCUGUGCCAUCCUUCAUCACUUCCAUCCAGACAAAAUAGUUUUUGACCAGUUGGACCCUCAUGACAUCAAACUGAACAACAAGAAGGCGUUUGACGGUUUUGAGGCUCUGGGCAUCUCUCGUCUGUUGGAGCCGUCCGAUAUGGUUCUCCUGUCCGUCCCCGACAGGCUCAUAGUCAUGACCUACCUCAGUCAGAUCCGCUCACACUUCACCAACCAGGAGCUGAGCGUGCUGCAGAUAGAGCACAACAGCAGCCAGUCCAGCUACGGCCUCGCCCUUCCUGGUCCUGGUCCAUCUAAUGUCGACGCUGCCGCUUUCUGCAUGGCCAGACUGAAUGAAGGAGUGAGCCUAGAGGAAGGAGGAAGCAGCACAUUGGUCGUCCCACCACCGAGGACCAAACGGCCAGUAAAAGUGGAUGAGUCAGUAACCCCAGUCCCACCCCCAAGGUCGAUCAACAAAGCAGUCAAAUCUGGAAAUCAGGAUGAAGACACAUUCACUGACUCUGCUGCAAAAAUCUCAAACAAUACUGAGCUGCAGAGCGCAGCUGAGAACAAGCCUCUCAAACAAGAAGAAGAACCAAUGGACACCAGCCAGUAUGUGCUGAGUGAGCUGGCAGCAUUAGAGACGGAGCAGAAGCACAUCGACAGCAGAGCUGCUGUAGUGGAGAGACGUCUGCGAAGCCUCAUGGAAACAGGAAGCGACCGUGACGAAGAGGAGAGACUGAUUCAGGAGUGGUUCACUCUUGUGAACAAGAAGAACGCUCUGAUACGCAGACAGGACACCCUGGAACUACUGCAAGAGGAGCAGGAUCUGGAGAGGAGAUUCGAGCUUCUGACCAGAGAACUUCGGGUCAUGAUGGCCAUAGAAGACUGGCAGAAGUCGGCCACCCAGCAGCAGAGGGAGCAGCUGCUCCUCCAGGAGUUGGUGUCUCUGGUCAACCAGCGGGACGAGAUCAUCAGGGACAUCGAUGCCAAGGAGAGAGGGGCGCUGGAGGAGGACGAGCGUCUGGAGCGCGGCCUGGAGAUGAGGAGGAGAAAAUACAGCAACAAAGACAAAUGUGUCCUACAGUGAGAAGAGAGGACGCAUACAAACGGCUUUUUUACUGCUAAGCCUCUGAAGUACGAACACAGAUAUUUGGGGCUGUUUUUUUAGUGCCUUUAUUUUCCUGGAGAACUGUACAUGUCCAUUUUGAGGAGACCUGACAUGCUGCGUCCUUUUCAAAAGUUUUUGCUUAAAAAUGAAUGUCUGUUUUGUUUUUGCAUAACAGUAUUAUUUGAAUUCUUUUCACAAAUUUUUAUUUAUUUAAAUUAUGUGCCAGAUUGGUGCACAUCUAUUGCACAUAUGGUGUGUUGUGUGUGUGUGUGUUUUUAUCAGUUUGUUCUGUAUUUGAUCACUGGCUUUUCCCUUUUACUUUUUAUACAUAUAUAUAAAUAUAGAAAAGAAUUCCCUGGCCAAAACGAGAGCUUGUCUGAAUCAGUUUAGGUAGAAAUGUGCCUUGUAAUCUUUGGGGGAAAUCUUUUUGUUUGUUUGUUUGUUUCAGACAUUUCCACUCAGAAAGUGAAAAAUACACUCAGUGAUGAGCUGGACUCAAACCCUCAAUAUUGAGAGUACAGUGUGCAUGUUUUCAACAGCAGGAUGACCCCAACAUCCUCUUUUGAUAAACCCUGCCAGCCGUGCAUGUUAGUGCAUGUGAGCGAUGCUGAAGAAAGACAGUCGAUUGUUGAGUCUCAUUCCCAGGUCGCUCACAGAAAUGAGUCUGUUUCCCUGUUACUGUUUUCUUUGAUUACUGUGUGCAUGCUUUUUGAGGUGCGCUGAUGAAGUGGUACCACCGCUUCACAUCACUACUGUAAACCUGUCACGCACUGCAGACACCUGAUGUUGCUAUGCAUAUUUAUGAGGUGAAGAUAUGAUGACUGAUAUUGAUAAAUAUGUUGAAGAAAAAUAAAUAUUGUUUGGUUGCUUAUCA